CGGAGCUUGAGCUUCCUGUAUUCAUUUUGUCAAUCGCAAAUUCGUCAAUGCUGGGUUCUGAAUCCCUAUGGGUAAAAAUCUACUCCAUUAUCAUUCAACAUUGUGUAUUUAGUGUUAGAUGCGUACAAAUGUCCUUGCUUAAGUAAUACAACGUUAGUGUAAACGCGUCAGUGGUUGUUUUCAGUCGUAUAUUAGGUUAGGACAACCCGCUGUCAAUUAGGUGGAUUACAGUAUUUUGCUCGGCGAGCAGCCAUGAUGGCGUCAAGCUACAACGCGAAGGAAGAGGAUGGACACCAUUCGGGUGCUCCUGGACACGGAGUCGCAGGAACUGUCAAAAGCAAAAAGCCAGAUAACACUGCAUUCAAACAACAGAGAUUGCCAGCUUGGCAGCCCAUUCUGACAGCGGGGACCGUCCUCCCAGCUUUUUUCGUUAUUGGACUUAUCUUCAUCCCUAUCGGCAUUGGCCUUUUCGUCACUUCGAACAACAUAAAAGAGUUCGAGAUCGAUUACACAGGUCUUGAUAUGUCAAGUCCCUGCUACAACUGCUCCCAGAGUUUCAGCUGGAAUAACACAAAACCAUGCACGUGUAGUGUCUACUUCAACCUAGAUCAACCAUUUGAGAGCAAUGUAUUCAUGUAUUAUGGGUUGUCGAACUUCUACCAGAAUCAUAGACGUUAUGUCAAAUCCAGGGAUGACAGCCAGUUGAACGGAAACAAGAAAUCUUUGCAGGAUCCCAGCAAGGAAUGUGAGCCAUACCGCACCAGUGAUAGCAAACCUAUUGCCCCCUGUGGUGCUAUAGCCAACAGCCUCUUUAAUGACACACUUGACUUGUUCUACAUUGAUCCAAACGGCACCAAAACACCUAUUCCCCUGGUAAAGAAGGGUAUCGCUUGGUGGACUGAUAAGCAUGUGAAGUUCAGAAACCCAGGCGUAAACGACAACCUCACAGCCGUUUUCCAAGGCACAAACAAACCUGUGAACUGGAGGAAGCCAGUGUAUGAGCUGGAUCCAGAAGACUCUGAAAACAACGGCUUCAUCAAUGAGGACUUCAUUGUGUGGAUGCGCACUGCGGCCCUACCAACCUUCCGCAAGCUGUACCGCAUCAUUCAGAAGAAGAACAACAUUACGCCUACUCUGCCUCGUGGUGAAUAUAUCAUGGAGGUCACCUACAAUUACCCCGUCCGUAGCUUUGAGGGCAGGAAGCGCAUGAUCCUGAGCACCAUAUCCUGGAUGGGAGGCAAGAACCCCUUCCUGGGUAUCGCUUACAUCACCGUGGGCUCUGUCUGCUUCUUCCUGGGAGUGGUCCUGCUCAUCAUCCACCACAAAUAUGGCAACCGCAACAACAGCCCAGACUGAAAACGUCCCCUUUUAUGGAGCUCCUCCAGCUGCAUGUCUCACUGCACUGCAGACGAGUCUAGAUGGACUGGUCUUUGUUAAUGUCUGUUAUGUGUUUAGUGUGAAGUUUGCGUGAGGGUCCACCUCUUCCACCAGAUAGCAGCAGUUGGUAUCUAUGAAAGAGACAAACUGGGUGUUUAGUUGAGGGGGUAAUGCAGAAGAAGUCCUUUAAAGCUUGGAAAAUGUUGUUUUAAAUGCUGAAAACAUCUGUAGUUUGGUCCUCAAUAAUGUACUGUUUUUCAUUCUAUUUAUCCAAAUGUUGUUUUUAAAGUAGAACAUAAAUAUUAUUUGACAAAUGCUGGUUGUGAAUGGCUUGACAUGGAAAGAUGUGUAUACUUCUUAAAGUGAGCCACAUGCAUUAUAUGUAUUUUACCGUGCCCUGCUGUUGAAUGUACUAAUGUAUCUCACAGACAUACCUCUGGCUAUUUUUAAUAGGCUGAAAUAUUGAAUGGGAAAAUGUUUAUGGCCACAUUGCUCUUGAAGAUGUGUGUUGCCAUGGGGAGUAAUGAUUUUUGGGAAGCAUUUGUACCUUGAAAGUUAUUGUAGAAAACUAUGAUGAAGAUAAUACCAAAAAUAUACAUUAGAAACAUGUUAGUGCCCUUCAGCAACACUUUUGAAAUCUUCAUAAUUUCUUUCAAAUCAGUUCAUUAUCCUUUUUACAGUUUGGGAUUGAUGUAAACUCCUGGCAAAUAUUCUGUGAACAUAACUGGUUAUGUAUCAAAUAUAAUUCUAUGGAACUUCACUCAUAUGUACAGUAAAUCUGCUCUCUCUUUUUCCGUCUAUACAUUUUUCAAGCAUUUUGAACAAAUGGCACGAACAAAUAUCACUUGACAAAGUGCAUUUGUUUUGGCGUUUGUUUUCAUAUCUCAUUCCGCCCUCAAAGUAUUUGGUUAUUUGAUUAUUUUUAGAUUAUCUUUUAAAUAUGAAUAAAAGGUUGAAAUCUU